AUGGAUGCGAUUUACAAACGACUGAAUAGUGAAGUGGAAAAAGUGCAAAACAUACAGAGAGAGUUGCAGAAAUGUUUGCAAGCUCACAGACAGCUGUCGGCUCAGUUGUCAGAGAACCAGAAUGUUGCCGAAGAUUUCACUCAUCUCAAUCAGACAAAUACUAUCUACAAGAUCGUGGGCCCCGUGCUCCUAAAGCAAGAUUUGGAAGAGGCAAAGGAAACUGUGAAGAAACGCAUAGCCUACAUCACCUCCGAACUGAAACGAUUGGAUGAACGCAUUAAAGAUAUGGAGAAGCAACAGGACGGCUGCCGAGAACAAAUUACCAAGCUUCAGCAAAGAUUACAGCAGGAACAUACGAAAGCCGCUCUCAAGACCUAA